CACUUGUUAAAGCGAUAUAUCGUCCUUACAUUCAUCGUUAAGCCUCCGUCAACACUCAAUCAACCUUUACUAAUAAAUUAUUAUUCUUUAUUCCACAUUCUCUCCGAUCAAAUCAAGCAAGAAACAUGUCUUCUGAGCAACCGCUACUCACUUCCAUCGACACCGACACCGAAACCGCCUACGACCCAACAGAAAAAGUCAACGUCAUCUUAACAGACGAUGACCCAGCCAACUUCAACGAGUACGGAACCAAUACGCCGCCGUUUUCAUGGCGCAAACUGUGGCUCUUCACCGGACCCGGGUUCUUGAUGAGCAUAGCCUUCUUGGACCCGGGUAACUUGGAGGGUGAUCUUCAGGCGGGUGCGAUUGCAGGCUACUCAUUGUUGUGGCUGCUGUUGUGGGCUACGGCUAUCGGCUUGCUUGUUCAGCUGUUGUCGGCUCGGCUCGGCGUGGUGACAGGGAGGCAUUUGGCUGAGCUGUGUAGGGAGGAGUAUCCGAAUUGGGCUGCCAAGUUGUUGUGGGUGAUGACUGAGGUGGCUCUCAUUGGGGCUGAUAUUCAAGAGGUUAUUGGUAGUGCUAUUGCUUUAAAGAUUUUGACUCUUGGCUUUUUGCCCCUUUGGGCUGGUGUUAUUAUCACUGCCCUUGAUUGUUUCAUCUUCUUAUUUCUUGAAAACUACGGUGUGAGAAAGCUAGAAGCACUUUUCGCGGUUCUCAUUGCAGUCAUGGCAAUCUCGUUCGCAUGGAUGUUUGGUGAAACUAAGCCCAAUGCCAAGGAGCUUCUUGUUGGUCUUGUUGUUCCAAAGCUCAGUUCAAAAACAAUCCAACAAGCGGUGGGAGUUGUUGGUUGCAUAAUAAUGCCACACAACGUGUUCUUACAUUCUGCACUCGUCCAAUCAAGAGAAAUCGACCCGCGGAAAACAGGCCGGGUCCGAGAAGCUCUCAAGUACUACUCAAUAGAAUCGGCGAUAGCACUGGCUAUUUCGUUCAUUAUAAACCUCUUUGUAAUGACGGUUUUCGCAAAAGCAUUCUUUGGUACGGCAAUAGCCGACACUAUCGGCCUUGGGAACGCGGGUCAGUAUCUUCAAGAGAAAUUCGGUGGCGGGGUUGUACCAAUUUUGUAUAUUUGGGCUGUCGGGUUGUUAGCAGCUGGGCAAAGUAGUACAAUCACGGGUACAUAUGCGGGGCAGUUUAUUAUGGGCGGUUUUCUUGAUUUGAGAUUGAAGAAAUGGUUGAGGGCUUUGAUAACACGAAGUUGUGCUAUAAUUCCAACGUUGAUAGUUGCGUUAAUUUUCGAUAGCUCCGAGGAUACGUUGGAUGCUUUGAAUGAAUGGCUAAACGUGCUUCAGUCUGUUCAGAUCCCGUUUGCUCUUAUACCGCUUCUGUGUUUGGUUGCGAAAGAUGAUCUUAUGGGGGUAUUCAAGAUUGGCCCUGUUUUAAAGACAAUCUCAUGGCUCGUGGCUGCACUAGUGAUAGCGAUAAACGGUUAUUUGUUGCAACAGUUUUUGGCUGAAGAAGUAAGCGGGGUAGCCUUGACUUGUACUGUCGUAAUUUUCACUGCUGCAUAUGUUGCAUUCGUUGUAUACCUUAUCUGGCGAAGCAUUACAGUUUCUACAUUCGGUUUCUUGAAGCCAAGAAGCGAGGUAUUAUAGAGGUUUAAGCGAGGUAAACUUAUUAUAUAUAAUUAUAUAUGUUAACAUAAUUGUAACUUUAGCAAGAGAAACCUGUCAAAAAUGACGAUGCUAUGUUGUAGCGAUGACUUAGUAGAUUGUUAUUUUUCAUGGCUGGUCUUGUAUCGCGUGUUACUCGAUUUUAAAUAAUGUGUAUGACAGCUUAACGUCAAUGUUGUAACUGAUAAUUCUGUAUCAUUGUCAAAAUAUAUGCUUCAGCAACUUUUUUUUA